AUGGCGGUGGCAGCCACUUCCUUAACAGCUCCGUCUCCACCUCCGACCACCGUUCAACAGUCACCAUGGAACUCACCGCUUCCGUACCUCUUUGGCAGCCUGGCGGCCACGUUGGGUCUCAUUGCUUUUGCUCUCUUGAUCCUCGCUUGCUCUUUUUGGAAGCGUCCCGGUGACACCGACAGAGAUAUCGAGUCCGGAGAUGCCAAACCGGAAAAUAAAGAGCCACCCGUUUUUGAAGAGAAGUGUCUGGUAAUCAUGGCCGGAGAAGCGAAACCGACGUUCUUGGCAACACCCGUUUCCAGCAGUCGUCGGAGCAAUUCAACGGAGCAGUCGGAGAAACAGGUACAACUAAGCAACAUCGGGAAUCAUGAGUCCUCAGAUCAGGUUUGAUGGUGGUGAUGUGGGUUGCAUGGAAGAUCCAGUAGGGACUGCUGUAGCUGAUCCUAGGGAACUCUCUCCCGAUCGAUGCUUUUUCUUUUUCUUUA